AUGUUAGAAGAAAAACUUUAUGAAUCUGAUAUAAAUUAUAAUGAACAUAGAUAUUCUAGACAGAUAAUAGUACCAGGUGUUGGUAUUAAAAAUCAGAUCAAAUUAAGAAAUAGUAAAAUAGUUAUUAUUGGAAUGGGUGGAUUAGGAUGUCCUGUUUUGAUGUAUUUAGCUAAUACUGGCAUUUUAGAGAUUGGAAUAAUUGAUUUUGAUAAAGUAGAAAUAACAAAUUUACAGCGACAAGUUUUACAUAAAAAUGAAGGUGAUAGUAAAGUGGAGUCAGCUGCUAAAUUUAUCAGUGAAAUGAACCCUCAUGUCAAAAUAAUCAAAUAUAAUAUAAAAUUAACUGAAAACAAUAUUAAUUUUUUAAAGGAUUAUGAUAUUGUAAUUGACUGUUGUGAUUCAAUAAGAUUAAGAUAUUGUAUAAACGACUUUUGUGUGGUUAAUAAGAUAAACUUAGUAAGUGGAAGUGUUCUUAAAUGGGAAGGACAGGUGUUUGUUUUACCUUUGAAAUAUUCCUCGGAUGAAAUAUUUUGUUAUAGAUGUAUGUUCCCGCAAGAAAAAUCAAAUGCUUGUAGUUGUGAAACUAGUGGUGUUAUUGGAUCAAUGUGUGGAGUCAUUGGUUCUUUACAAGCAACAGAAGUUUAUAAAAUGAUAAUUAACGAUCCAAAAAAAUCAUACUCUUUAUUUUAUAAAGGAACUAAUAAUAGUUUUACAAAAAUAUCUCAAAUUAAAGUUAAUAAAUGUAAAAUUUGUAAACAAAUCAAUCAAAAAUAA